ACUACAUAUAUGCUAGCCCGAAAUUGUCGUAAAUCCAAGUAACCAGGGGCAAUUCAUUUACCCCUAAAUGCUGCAUCAGCAACAAGCAGAGAAAAGUCGAAUGCCAAGACCAGCCCACUUCAAGAAGUCCUGCUCCAAGGUUCACUCUCACAUCAGCUGCUUGCGGCUCAGUUUGUGAAUUGCAUGCAGGACAUGAGGGAGCGAUACAGGAGUACAGCCGGACUGUCAUUUCCAAUGCAAUGCAGCGAGGUUAAAAGGUCCCUCUUGUAGUCUUUGAGAAUAUAGCAAAACUGUGAUCUGAGCAUCAAGGAGGAAUUUUUUCACACAAAUAAGCCAGCAACACCUCAAGUCUUGAGAGUGGUUCUAUCUACAUUGGUGGAAUAUGGCAAAAAUGGGACUACAUGUUUAACAGAGAUCAUUUAGAAAAUUUUACUUUUUUAAAGACAGAAAAAACUUGGAAAAACAAUGGAAUUUUCAUAUGCUGACAGUGCUGCUGUUGCUCCAACACUGCCUCUGAUGACCCCCUCUCCAGGCUACCUGCUCAGAAUGUUCCGGGAGUAUCAGAGCAAUGCAGUCAUCAUGGCCCAUUACAACUUCACUGGAAAACUGAAAGAGAACAAGUACCGGGAUGGACUGAAACCUGAGGCCAUUGUGUUUCUCAUAAUCUGUCUUCUCAUUGUGGUGGAAAAUGCCAUCGUUCUGGUGGCAAUUUGGAAAAACAAAAAAUUUCACAUGCCCAUGUACUACUUGCUGGGCAACUUGACUCUUUCAGACUUGUUAGCAGGCUUCACCUACAUGGUAAACAUAGUGACAUCAGGGGCAAAUACUCUCAAAAUGACUCCAGUACUGUGGUUUCUCAGGGAAGGUGGCGUGUUUAUCACUCUUUCUGCAUCCGUCAUCAGCCUUCUUGCCAUUGCCAUUGAGCGCCAUGUCACGAUGGUCCGGAUGAAGCCAUACCAAGGGGCCAAGCGUGGGCGAAUGUUCGGUUUGAUUGCCGCAAGUUGGGUUCUGUCGGUUUUACUGGGCGUGCUCCCCAUCAUGGGUUGGAACUGCAUGGGAAACCUGGACACGUGUUCCACUGUCCUGCCUCUUUACGCCAAGAGCUUCAUUCUCUUCUGCAUUACUGUGUUCACUCUGGUCCUUCUAGCCAUCGUGGUGCUCUACGUACGUAUCUUCCACAUAGUGAAGUCCAAUACGCAACGGUUAGGCUGUGCUCCACAGCGCAAAGGUCUGGCAAAGAAGUCCCAAAAGUAUCUGGCUCUGCUGAAGACGGUCACCAUUGUUCUUGGAGUCUUCAUUGCCUGCUGGCUGCCUCUCUUUGUGCUUCUUCUGCUGGACUUCUGCUGUCCUGCUGAAAGGUGUGAGGUGCUGUUCAAGGCAGAUUACUUCCUGGGCAUCGCCAUGAUCAAUUCACUUCUAAACCCCAUCAUUUAUACCCUAACUAGUAAAGAUAUUCGAAGAGCAAUACUGAGACUGGUCUGCAGCUAUUGUCUGCUGACAAAAGAUGGACAGAUGAAGAAGUUUGGAAUAAAUUUCCUGGACUGUAGCACAAGUAAGAAUGAGUUGCCGUCACACAGGCUGGAGGGCUUGGAGACAACCGUCUCCUCUGGUAACUUUUCACCAUCCACUAUUAAAGCAAUCUACCCAAAGAUGUUCAAGAGCUGAACAAGAUAAUAUAAUAAUCAAGGUUCGGAUUCUCCUGGUUCAGCCUGCCCUUUGAAUAUGUAUUAAACUGCAAAGGGGACAUGUUUGACGUGCUAAAAAAUUCAAACAGAAGAAUAUAUUCUAGUCACAGAGAUCACAAUUUUGUGAUCCUGAACUUGCAUUAAAGCAAACCAUGACCCUGUCACAUGAUGUGGCAGUCUAGACAAAUGGAAUUCUAUUUACUGUGAUAGAAAUACCAGUGUUUAAAAUGGAUUGUCUUAAGGUCAGUCUGGCAAGACGGGGGCUAUAUUCCUUUUUCAAAAAUAGCAUUAAAAACUUAACUCAUAAGAGACAAUUGUUCAUAAUGGUUGCUCAGGCAUGUUGUUAAAAUGCUUUAAAGAGAACUCUUGUGAUGUUUGCUGUUAUAUAAGACUCAGAUGUACACAUCCAGAAAUAAUCGGAAUAUACCAAGUAAUUUUCACCACCACAUGCUGGCUGAAACGUACAAGUUAAGAUACUUUGUGGUGAAAAGACGCAUAGAAAAUGCCAGGUUGAUGCUUCUACAUAAACACGUCACAAAAUGAUUUUAAGAGGCACGCAACUAAAAACUACAAAGUGACUAUUUUUUACAUUGACUUGUGAGAUGCAACAAUAUUAUUGUAUGCAUUUGGGAAAUAGUAUUUUAAUGUUGUAAAUACAAGCUUCCCAUAACCCAAAAUGUUCAUUCAAGAAAGUUUAGUUAUUCUUGUCUUUAUUUCCCUACAGUAAAUAUAUUUUCAACUGAAAUUAAGUGACACAAGCUAUAUAAAUAUUGUAUAUUUUAUAAAUAUUGUAACAAAGAUUUGUAUGUAAUCGUAUGGAAUGACUUUAUUCAUGUGUUGCAGUUUGCAGUGAAAAAAAAAAACAGCACUGAUCUUCUGGCAAUAUUUUAUUUCUGUAAAAACUAUGUCUGUCUUUGUUCUGAAAACCGAAUGCAUUAGCAUUUGUUUAAAUGUAUUUUAUCCUUAUGAGCCUUAUAAACAUUUUUAUAUGUGCAUUAAUUAAAGUUGUUUUUCUUGAA